CUCUGGCCGCUAUUCGAAAGGAAGGGAGCCCCCUAUAAAACAGCCUACAGUGGACAGUCUGGUCGGCAGAGCUGCAGAUCAGUUGUGAAGAGGGAGCUCUAUCGCCAGCAUGAGUUUCUCUGGCAAGUACCAACUGCAGAGCCAGGAAAACUUUGAAUCCUUCAUGAAGGCAAUCGGUUUGCCGGAAGAGCUCAUCCAGAAGGGGAAGGAUAUCAAGAGUGUGACGGAAAUCGUGCAGAACGGGAAGCACUUCAAGUUCACCAUCACCGCCGGGUCCAAAGUGAUCCAAAACGAGUUCACGGUGGGGGAGGAAAGUGAGCUGGAGACAAUGACAGGGGAGAAAGUCAAGACAGUGGUUCAGUUGGAAGGUAACAAUAAACUGGUGACAACGUUCAAAAACAUCAAGUCUGUGACCGAACUCAACGGCGACAUAAUCACCAAUACCAUGACACUGGGCGACAUUGUCUUCAAGAGAAUCAGCAAGAGAAUUUAAACAAGUCUGCAUUUCAUAUUAUCUUAGUAUGUAAAAUUAACGUAAUAAAGUGAACUUUGUUUUUAAAAAAAA